AUGUCAGUUGAUCUAUGGCUAACACGGGUCAAGGAAAUAUCGCUUAUAGAAACGCCAGUCAAAGAAUCGUCCAGCUUGCUAGGUGAACUGUUUAGCGUUGAUAUUCAAAAUCCUCAAGUAUCAUCUCUCCAAAAUGAUAUUCUAGAUAACGGAAUUAAUAUCAAUCAGAAAGUCGAUGCUGUCGAUAUCUACGAUGGUGAUUGGCCUGGGUUUGUUGAGCUUACGAAAAGCUACUUGCUCUUUUGUAGAGAUGUCGACCCUUCAAACAUGGUGGAAUCAUUUUAUUCCUAUGGUCAGUUCUUAUCCGACUUACAGACUGCAUUCUCAAAUGUUCGUGGAGCAAUUCUUGAAGAGACUGUUUAUAUUACUACCAAGGUCGUUGUACCACAGGCAUUGUCUUUAGAUUCGCAGGAUUCGCAAUUUGAAAUGAUUCGAACUUCAUUCCUUGCCAGUGUGCUUCUUAAGAUCUUCAACUCAAUCAGAGGAGAAAAAUCGGUUGGUGAACCAUUGACUAAGAAAACUGUAAUCAUAUUCGUUGCAACUGUUUUAUGCAGGUUGUACUUUAAGUUAGAUCAACCAGCAAACUGUGCUAGUGUUUUUUCCAAUAUUCAUACUGCUAAUAUCAGAUUCUCCCUCUACAGUUUGGCUCAGCGCGUGGAAUAUCGAUACUGGCUAGGCCGAUUUUAUUUGAACAAAAAUCAAUUGUCUCAUUCUUAUAACCAUUUACUAUGGUCUUUCAAAAACUGCCAUAGUUCUAGUCCUAACAAGCGUCUUAUCCUUUUGUACCUUCUAGCCCCAGCGAUACUUUUAGGCAAAAUUCCGCGAUACGAAUUAUUACAGGCGUACAACCUGGACUCGAUUUACUGGCCCUUAAUUCACAGUAUAAAGAGAGCCAAUUAUCAGCAAUUUAUGACUCACUUGGAGAGUAACGAAGCUUUUUUCUAUGACCAUCGAAUAUUAGUACUGUUGCAAUCUCGAUCGGUCAUAAUUCUCUAUAGAAUGAUACUCUGGCGGCUAGUCAUUACAAGCAGACAGUUGGCUAAUAAUGAUGAAAAAGCGGCAUCACUCGUAUCCUUCCCAAAUUUGCAAAUCGCUGUUAGGCUUUCAAUGGGGUCCUUUUUUCCUCAAAGUGCCGUUACUGACGACUACCAAUUUAUCGAAAGCAUUGCCGUUAGUCUGAUUAGCCAAGGUUUUGUUAAAGCAAAUAUCUAUCCUCGGAUGAAAUUAAUCAGACUGAAACCAAUCAACGCGUUACCCCCUGUACACGACGUUCACAAUGCUAAUGAGCUUAAUCUAACUGGGAGGGAAAGGUGGAUGGAAACGUAA